CUUCGUCAUCAAGCUAUCAUAAGGAACGUCGAGCUUCUGGAAGAGUGUUUAGGCGGGAUGUUACUGGGACAGAGCCUCUCCAUUGGGACGUCCUUCUGCAUGCAGUUGUUUCAGGCCGCAAAGCGGGCUAAGGGCGUGCAAGAACUUAGUAAGACCUGCAGCUACCUGCUCACAGCAUUUUCAAUGCUCUUUGUGUACUGCUGGUUUGGGGACGAUCUCAUUUCGGAGAGUGAAAAGCUGGCGCUUUCGGCAUACGACGCGGCGACUUCCCUACAGGAAUGCCCGACGUCCACCAAACGAUCGCUGAUGCUUCUGAUGCUCAGAGCCCAGCGGCCGUUACGCAUCACUGCUGGUGGCUUCUUCGCUCUCUCCAGAGAGUCCUUCGUGGCGGUUUUGAACGCGUCAUAUUCAUUCUUCGCCAUUCUUCGUAAUUUCAAGGAUGAUUAG